AUGUACGGCACUCGAUCUGAUGCGCUUUUCAGCUCAGUUCGAGAGGUUAGCCUGGUGAACACCUUGAAGUCACCCUUCGUUCUGCAGUGGAUGGUGGUCAACGCACAGGGUGUGCUGAUAUCCUUGAAGGGAGACCAUGAGCCCCCGUCCUUUUUCCGCCGAAAAGCGCUCGCAUACCUGACCUUGAAGGCACGGCUGGAGGCGAGCCCUGGAGAUCAGCUACCUGAUGACUUUAUAAACGGCAUUAUUAUGGCCACCGUGGCCGAGUCACGGAUAUCGCCCCCUGGAGUCUCAAACGUUCAUUUCAAGGCAUAUGAAGCCGUUGUUACUGCUAGAGGAGGUCUCAAGGCUAUCCUUCUCGCUUCCACGGCUCCAAUUCCGUACACGUGUCAUUUCAUGCCUUACGUCGUUAGUGAAGCGUCACCCAGCGAACUGGUUUUUCGGAAAGCUCAAUUUGAGCAGGCGAUUGAGGUCCUCCAAUUUCUGGCUCGGGGGGAAAACGAUGUCGACCCCUCAAAGUUGAUCUUCAGCACUACGACAGUUCAAGGUCUGAGCUGGUCUCGGCUCGGAUCUCGUUCAUUAUUGAAAUUGACGCAGGACGAUGACUUGUAUCCCCCCUUAUUGUCAAGGGUGCUCGAGCCCUACCUGCAGCCAGAAAUGUGGGAUUAUCCCAGGUACAUCAAAAUAUCCUCGCAUUUUCAGGCGCUGUUCAUCAUGGUUUCUACGCUAUGGAAGCUACGGAAGACUUCUCUGCUGCAACAACUUUUCCUGGACCGUGUGCACCGCCUUUUCACCAUGAGCAGUGCGCAAGAUGCCUCUGGGAAAAACCUACUCACUCUCGAGGGGUUUUCGUGGGUCGUGAUCAAAGCGGGAUUCGAGGUAUACGAAGCCUUUGGGGACAAAGAUGUCACGCGCGGCAACCAGGUGGACUUGAUGAUAGACACUAUCUGCGGAUUGAAGCUUUUCAUGAACCCGAUGCAGGCUUCUUCUGCCCCUCCCGACCGACAACAGCAGCAGAUCUUUUCCGAACAGACAGUUCGGCCACCGCCUUUCUCGCGAAGACGGUCGUCUCAGAUCGGAGGCGGUGGCGGAAACAGGCCCAUGACCAUCGCCUGCGCGGCUUGUCGAAGGAAGAAGAUCAAAUGCGACUCCCGGAGACCGUCCUGCUCGCAGUGCCUCGAGGACGGCCAGGCGUCGUGCAUGUAUGUGGAGUGGAAGAAGACAGGAUUACCGCGCGGCUACGUCCGAAACUUGGAAGCUCAGAUCCAAGCCCUCAAGGCAGAGAAUCAUGAGCUCCGCAGCCACCAAGGCAGGACGCAUAGUGGUAGCCAUACUAUCCACGCUCAGGCGACAACUCAAUAUGAGUUUCCAUCCGACGACAUCUUGCCCUCCGGGCUCGUGGAUCAGACGUCGCCUUACGCGCCCUCGGACCAUGAUAUCUUGAUGCAGGAUCCAUUCGAUGUCGCGAGACUCGCCAUAUCAGAAUUACUCACCGCAGAGGAUCGAAACAAUCUCUGUACGCUCUACUUCACCCGCUGCCACCCCUUCGUGCCCAUUUUACAUCGACCCAGCUUCAGCGUGGAGAAAGAUGCACACGUGUCUCUGUCUGUUUUCGCCCUUGCCGCCCGCCACCAUCCCUCACUCACAUCCAAGUCCGACAUCUUCUACAGCCUUGCCAAGCAGUCGGCCCAAGCAACCUUUAUUAACCCAGACAUGAGCACCCUGGCUGCCUUGAUCUUACAAGCCAUUUACGAGAUAGGAAUGCCCAACUCGUCGGUGCACGCGCUGACGACGGUGGGCUCUGCUCUUUCGCUCGCGAGCGCUUUCAGGUUGCUGAGGAUGGAGGAGCGUGAGGACGGGGAGAGCAAGCCCAAUCGGUGGAUGGACCCACCAGUGGACUGGGUCGAGGAGGAAGGCCGACGGAGGGCGCUCCUGAUGGUCCUGAGUCUUAGCCGCUGGAUGGCCACUAUCCAAGAGCGCGAGAUGGGCUUUCCGGUCAAGCGGGAGAUCACCGUCAUGUUGCCCAUCAGUGACGAGGCGUGGUUCGCCGACCCAGCUUCCCAGCCCGCCACGAGGCCGCAAACUGCACCGAUUACUGCUCUCCACCAUGCGAGCGAUGCAGGCCCGUUUGCGCGAUUCGUACAGGCGCUCGGUUUGUUCGCCAAAGUCAGCGACUUCAGCCAGACACGUCGGAUGCGAAGCAGCAGCGAGAACGCUGAGGAGUUGUCCCGGAUCGACAACAUCAUUCAAGCAUAUCUAGGCUCAUUUCCCGAUAGCUGGCGGACUCCUCACCUCGAAGGCGAAUACCUGCUUGACCCGACUACGCUGGCGCUUGCCCACAGCGCCCUCCUCCUCCUCCACCACCCCAUUGCUUGCCGAGACUCGCACGGCUACUCCAAGUCGCAAUGCCUGGCGUCGGCGGAAGAGAUCCUCGACGUCGCCUACGUGAUCCAGGACGUGCCCAAUGCCGGGAACUACCUCCUCCCGCACCCGCUGGUGUUGGCCGCACGCGUCCGACUGCUGGAGUUGGUCCACCGCAAGGGCCACUACCGAGGUCGCGACAUGGACCUGAUCGUCAAGGCACUGCUGACCUUCGGGAGGUACUGGGGCAUGCAAGAGAAACUCACCGAACAUGCGGGCAAGAUUGAAGCCAAUACGGUACCGUUCAGCGAGCCCCUGACGCACGUCAUCCCGACCACGAACCAUCCCGUGUCGAGACCGAAGACGGCACAGUUCGUGCCCAGCAGCAGCAGCAGCAGCAGCGUCGCUCCGCGAUGGCGACCUCCACCGCCGCCCGUGGGAGAAAAAACCAACGGUGGUUCUUGGAUGACCACCACCCUUGAAGGAGGAGGAGGAGAAGGAGGAGGAGGAGGAGGGGUCGUCUCUGCUCCUGCCCCGGGCGAGGACCAGCGCGGCAACGGGAUAGGAGAACCAGGAAUUAUCGACACCAGCACAAGUGCGAGCCUGGAACAUCAUAAUGACGCGAUCAUCAUUCCCUCGCCGAAUGAUAAUAAUAGUAACAACACUAUCGACGCCUCCGCCAUCUUCUCUAGCGACAUCAUCUUCGACUGGGCCAUGGGUCUCGGGUCGGAAGCGCUGGAUGGGCCGUGUCACCACCAAUGA